CGCCUUUCUAGACUGCGCUCAGUUCCAUUAUAGUAUGUCGUCCACAUAAGUUAUCACAACGUCAUCCCUCCUCCAAAAAUACGCCACGAUCCUGGUCCCCUCUGGCAACAAUAAUGACUAUGUCGUGCCCUCUCCACAAUCACUCGUUGCGCAUCGAAGGCAACAAGAUCGCCCAGAUCGCAUCGGAGAUCACCCCGCCGUCUGCCCCCACCCACACCAUCGACUGCACGGGCAAGAUCAUCUCCCCCGGCUUAAUCGAUACUCACCACCACUUGUGGCAGACCGAGCCAAGGAACGCCAUGCGGAUCACUUCUGAUCGAGGGGAGCUGGGAGGCUGUCUGGAGGCUCUGGACGCGGGCGCAACCACUGUGGUGGACCAUGCUGAUAUGAAUCUAGGCUCGAUCGAGGUGGGCAAGCUUGCGGACCUGGUAAUCUUUGAUGGCCAGGGCCCGGAAAUGAUCUGCGCCGCGAGAAAGACUCCCGUGGCGGCCAUUGUCCUGCAUUCGUCUAUGCGCAAUGCGGAUACGGUGAUUUACAUGGGGGGAUUCGCCAGCAAGGAGGCAAGAUGCUGUCUGUAG